UAAAUGGUAGUAAUCAUGAUUAACAGAAGCCUAGAUUUUAUAUCAGACUAGCUAAAAAAUCUAUAUGAGAAUAAUUCUACUGCAUGCUCUAUUAUAAACCCAGGACCUCUACUAUCAGGAUACUUAUAUGCCUGUUUUGGAUUGAUUUGUUUCAGUAUGAAGCCAUCAUAGUCAACGGUCUGGUUUAUAGAGGAUGAUGAUUUCUACAAUAUUCAAGCUAUGCUGCUUGUUGCCAUGGAUUACUGCAGCUUCAGAGGACAAACUUAACAGACCAAACAUCAUUCUGAUUCUAGCUGAUGAUCUUGGCUGGAAUGAUGUCAGCUUCCAUGGUUCUAAUCAGAUCCCAACGCCAAACAUCGAUGCUCUUGCCUACAGUGGUAUAAUUCUGAAUAACUAUUAUGUCCAGCCAAUAUGUACACCGACCAGGAGUGCAUUACUCACUGGCAGAUAUCCUAUACACACUGGGCUACAACAUGUUGUGAUUCGUGGUGCUCAACCGUAUGGGUUAGCUCUCGAUGAAACCAUCAUACCACAGUACCUUAACCCAAAGGGCUAUAAAAGUCAUAUCGUCGGGAAAUGGCAUCUUGGAUUUUGCUCGUGGGAGUAUACCCCGACGUAUCGUGGAUUUCAUUCCCAUUAUGGGUACUUCCUGGGUGAGGAGGAUUACUGGGAUCACACUUCCUGGGCCGAGGGCGGGAAACUAAAAGGUUUGGAUUUUCGACACAACAAGGAACUGAUAAAAGAUGCACUUGGUGAAUAUUCAACAGAACUCUUCACUCGUGAAACAGAAGCUAUUAUCAAUAAACAUAACACCAGCGAACCUUUAUUCAUGUAUUUACCACAUCAAGCAGUUCACAGUGGCAAUACGGUCACCCCUCUUGAAGCCCCAAAAAAGUACACUGACAAACUUGGGAAUAUCCAGAACAAGAAAAGACGAUUAUUUGGUGGAGUGGUAUCAGCACUCGAUGACUCCAUUGGCAAUGUGACAAGAGCUUUACAUAAGCGUGGAAUGCUUAACAAUACCAUUAUCAUAUUUUCAACUGAUAACGGAGGUCCCGCAAAUGGUUUCCAAGGCAAUGUCGCAUCUAACUGGCCUUUGAGGGGUACAAAGACCCAGCUGUGGGAAGGUGGGGUCCGUGGGGCAGGAUUUGCUUGGAGCCCCUUGUUCAAGAAGCAGGGUUAUGUCUCUGAACAGUUAAUGCACGUUUCUGACUGGCUACCCACAAUUCUCCAUGCUGCAGGCGUGGAUACAGAUACAACCACUGAGAAACCUAUAGAUGGCGUUGAUCAAUUCGAUACACUUUCCAAUAAUGAAGCAUCCAAUCGGAAGGAGAUCUUACUAAAUAUUGACCCUCUUGACAAUACUUCUGCUAUUAGGAUAGGGGACUAUAAGGUCAUAUCUGGAGAGUUGUAUAAUGGCAAAUGGAGUGGAUGGUAUCCCCCUUAUAAGCUACCAUAUGGUGAUCCCAAUACUGACACAUUGAACUCAUUGGGAUCAAAUGACCAUGACAAAGACAACAAGGACAAUGAAUUUGUCGUUAACAUGCAACAACAUAAAGAUGAUAUGGAACAAUUUAGUGAUAAUACCUUGGAAGUAAAUGACAACAUUCAGACCGGCAGAGAACCAAAUGAUCUUGCCGCCAUUUUGGCUCAGUAUACAAACACCCCUGCUAGGGAACCUUCUCCAGUGGUAGUAAAAUGUGGUCCAAAACCAAGCAAUGCUUCAACCAACUGUAAACCAGCAAUUGCCCCUUGUUUGUAUAACCUUGCCGUUGACCCUUGCGAGUACAACAACAUAGCAGAUAGUCACCCAGACAUCCUAAAACAGCUUCUAGCAAAGAUUGCCAUGUAUAAUGCAACUAUGGUAGCCCCGAGGAAUAAGCCAGAAGAUCCAGCUGGCUUUCCAUCAAAACAUGACUGGGCUUGGGUGCCAUGGUUGAACCUAACUGACAUUGACAACUAAGACAUGAACUGCUUAUUAUAUCAAGAGAGGGAUGAGGUUGCUGACAUUGAGGAGGCAAAAGAGGCAGAAAAGACUGUUCAAUGAAGAGACAACUAAAUCAUUUGCUGUAUAAAAGUGGCAUUGUAAAUAGAUAAAUGUAAAUAAUAUCAUCAUUUUUUGCAAAAAAA